GCGGACCCCAGCUUCCGGCGGGGCGGGGCGGGGGCCUGGGCGCGGUGUGUGGCCCUUGCGGGCGAGCCUGGCGGGGUUGCGUUCCUGUCCGCUAGGUUUCAGGCUUGCAUCCGGCUCCAGGAGUGAGCUGUAGCCUGUGGUCUAACCCAUUCCUCUUUUAAUCAUUGGGAUGGAAAGGCUUCUAGAAGGGUUGUCUGUUCCCACCGUCCUGGUUGGGCACAGUGAUGAGAGCCUGUCCCCUGUCUCAUGCUGCUUCAGCUCUCAUGGGAGGUUGAAUGGAGCAGCUGAACUUGGCUGACAGUGGCCUGGUGGGGAAGGAAGCCAGAAGAUGCAGAAGGGCCUCCCUUCCCAUGGGCAUGCCUUCUGCCUGGUGGCUGCAGAAUGAGGCCGGCUGCCUCUUUGCAGCAAGGUGCUGGUAAACCACAGAAGUCAUCGUUGAUUUUGGCAUUCUUUGCUGGCAGCUGACACCAGGCUCCUGAGAGAGACGUCUUUCUCUCUUGUCUCGUGUCUGCGGCCUCUGCAGCGCUCACUGUGGAGCCUGCGCACGCACCUCUGAGAAGGUAGAGUAGGUCUCAAGGCCCUUCCAUCAUCUCCCGACCGCCACAGCGUUACCCGUUUCCUGCCCGUGGCCUGUCUGUGCCCUGCCAUCCCUCAAGACCAUUGUGGAGCUGCUUCUCCUUCCUGUGCCCCCUUAGCAGGUCAAUGGCCAGCAAGGAGGGGGGUCCGAGCCGGCGGCGGCGGCGGCAGUGGUGGCAGCGGGAGACAAAUGGAAACCUCCACAGGGCACAGACUCCAUCAAGAUGGAGAACGGGCAGAGCACAGCCGCCAAGCUGGGGCUGCCUCCCCUGACGCCCGAGCAGCAGGAGGCCCUUCAGAAGGCCAAGAAGUACGCCAUGGAGCAGAGCAUCAAGAGCGUGCUGGUGAAGCAGACCAUCGCGCACCAGCAGCAGCAGCUCACCAACCUGCAGAUGGCAGCAGUGACAAUGGGCUUUGGAGAUCCUCUCUCACCUUUGCAAUCGAUGGCGGCUCAGCGGCAGCGGGCGCUGGCCAUCAUGUGCCGCGUCUACGUGGGCUCUAUCUACUAUGAGCUGGGGGAGGACACCAUCCGCCAGGCCUUUGCCCCCUUUGGCCCCAUCAAGAGCAUCGACAUGUCCUGGGACUCCGUCACCAUGAAGCACAAGGGCUUUGCCUUCGUGGAGUAUGAGGUCCCCGAAGCUGCACAGCUGGCCUUGGAGCAGAUGAACUCGGUGAUGCUGGGGGGCAGGAACAUCAAGGUGGGCAGACCCAGCAACAUAGGGCAGGCCCAGCCCAUCAUAGACCAGUUGGCUGAGGAGGCACGGGCCUUCAACCGCAUCUACGUGGCCUCUGUGCACCAGGACCUCUCAGACGAUGACAUCAAGAGCGUGUUUGAGGCCUUUGGCAAGAUCAAGUCCUGCACACUGGCCCGGGACCCCACAACUGGCAAGCACAAGGGCUACGGCUUCAUUGAGUACGAGAAGGCCCAGUCGUCCCAAGAUGCUGUGUCUUCCAUGAACCUCUUUGACCUGGGUGGCCAGUACUUGCGGGUGGGCAAGGCUGUCACACCGCCCAUGCCCCUACUCACACCAGCCACGCCUGGAGGCCUCCCACCUGCCGCUGCUGUGGCAGCUGCUGCAGCCACUGCCAAGAUCACAGCUCAGGAAGCAGUGGCCGGAGCAGCGGUGCUGGGUACCCUGGGCACACCUGGACUGGUGUCCCCAGCAUUGACCCUGGCCCAGCCCCUGGGCACUUUGCCCCAGGCUGUCAUGGCUGCCCAGGCACCUGGAGUCAUCACAGGUGUGACCCCAGCCCGUCCUCCUAUCCCGGUCACCAUCCCCUCGGUGGGAGUGGUGAACCCCAUCCUGGCCAGCCCUCCAACGCUGGGUCUCCUGGAGCCCAAGAAGGAGAAGGAAGAAGAGGAGCUGUUUCCCGAGUCAGAGCGGCCAGAGAUGCUGAGCGAGCAGGAGCACAUGAGCAUCUCGGGCAGUAGCGCCCGCCACAUGGUGAUGCAGAAGCUGCUCCGCAAGCAGGAGUCUACAGUGAUGGUUCUGCGCAACAUGGUGGACCCCAAGGACAUCGAUGAUGACCUGGAAGGGGAGGUGACAGAGGAGUGUGGCAAGUUCGGGGCCGUGAACCGCGUCAUCAUCUACCAAGAGAAACAAGGCGAGGAGGAGGAUGCGGAAAUCAUUGUCAAGAUCUUUGUGGAGUUUUCCAUAGCCUCCGAGACUCAUAAGGCCAUCCAGGCCCUCAAUGGCCGCUGGUUUGCUGGCCGCAAGGUGGUGGCUGAAGUGUACGACCAGGAGCGUUUUGAUAACAGUGACCUCUCUGCGUGACAGUGGUCCCUCUCCCCGGACUUGCACUUGUUCCUUGUUUCCUCUGGGUUUUAUAGUGAUACAGUGGUGUCCCCGGGGCCAGGCGCGCUCUGCCCAGCCCAGCCUACGGUGCGGAUAAAGGUGCGGAUGCUGCUGGCCCUGAA